GCUCUCGCCCAUGGUGUGUCGUAGAAGAAGUAUAGAUCGCCUGCCGCAGCGGACGGGCCUCCAUAGCAGCGGCUGCCUCUCAGAGUCAGAGCCCAGAGUCUGAUGAACUGCCUCAGGGACAUCACAGCGGAGCGCAAGUAAGUGUUCGAGCUCGCUGGAGAUUUUCGACAGACAGGCGAGAGCUCGAGCUGCAGAGACAGAGCCAGCGACUGAGGGAGGGAAAGGAAGGCAGAGGAAUUUGGGCUGUUCGAAUUUGGGGUGUGGGCGGGGGGGAGAGGGAGGGUGGAAACAAUGGCUGCGUCUGGCGAUGAGAGAGCGACGACGACGACGACGAUGAGCGACGAGUAUCGCAUGUCGCCGAGCAGAGGCACGACGACGACGGAGGAGAAGUGUCAGCAGCGGGCCAGAAAGUCGCACUUCUUCAGCAGGAGCUUGUCGCGGGGCAACUUCUCGUGGUCCUUCGUGCGCAGCGCUCUGCAACCGGCGGCGACCAGGAGCUCGGGGCUCUCGUCGUCCUCGGCCAACUCGCUCUGCUCCGACGAAUUCCCCAUGGCCGCCUCGAGGUCGUCCGGCUCCACCUCUGCCUCGGGCUCGGGCUCCGUUUCGAAUGUCUCCGAUGUGUCCUCCGAUGCCUGCUCCAGCUGCAGCACGAGCACGAGCACGAGCACGUCGUCACCGCGCUCGCAAUCGAGGAGGUCCGCAGGCACGUCGGGCAAGCGCAAGGGCAGCAAGCUCUCGUCGGGCGAGAGGAAGGCCGUGCUCGUCGACAAAGUGCCUUUCGGGAAGUCUUCCAAGUAUUUGACGGUCUAUGUCGGACCACGCAUCGAGCAGAGCGUGAAGUAUGUGAUCAGCCGCAAGCUGCUGGCGCACCCUCUGUUCCAGGUCCUGUUGAAGUGCUCGGAGGAUGAGUUCGGCGAGGACUUCUCUGUCGAGAAGGGCGUGGCGAUCAUUUGUGAUCCCGCAUUGUUUCUUCAAGUGGUGAGAGCGGUGGACGACAAUAUGUGGAAUGCCCAGAGCGCAGGACCCGAUGACUCGGACAGCAACUACGAGUGACUACUUAACUAAUCGAGGAGGACGGGCUAGAUCUCCUCGAAAUCUUCGGCUCUCUCUAGACAGUGCUACAAUUUUGAUAACGAGCGAGCAAAUGACCAUUUGCUCUGAGCGAUUACAUGUACAGAUUAGAUUAUCUCUCAUAGAUUGUGAUUAUCGGUGCAAGAAGAAGCCUCUGGCGAACAAAGUUUUGACCGGUCGAAGGUCGAGUGGGCCCUUUCUGACACCCUUUCUCCGUCACACGCCAUAGGGACCUGUAAGACUUCGGAAAUUUCUCCCCAUCGGGGGACUGUAUAUAUUAUACCUGGCACUGUCAAAGUGUGUCGUUACUUGUAAUCUAAUACAUUCAUAAAUCGCAUUUUCGCGCCAUAAUUCU